AUGGCGAGAUCGAUUGCAGACUCACUCUUAUCGAACUAUGGUUUUAAUGGAAGUGAUUUGGCUAGAAGAUUUACUGAAGAAUAUUUUCAUGAUCCAUCUCGUUACUAUGGUGGGCAUAUUCCCAUCGUUUUCGGAAAUCUGCAAGCUUCUAACUAUACUGAUCCGGAAGGCCCUGCAAGCCAACAAUUUAAUGGUAGUGGUUCAUUCGGAAAUGGUUCUGGUAUGCGUGUUGCUCCUGUUGCAUUAUUUGCUUACAAUGCUUCCAUCGAGGAUGCUCAAGCGUUAGCCGCCAAAACCUCUAGAAUUACUCAUACACAUCCUAAUGGUGUAAAUGGAGCUAUCAUGCAAAUGUUAGCUGUUCGUGAGAGCCUCACAAUGGAUGCUGCCCAAGGUCUUGACGUUUAUGCUUUCCUUGAUAAAAUGCUAAUAUACAUGGAAGAUAUUGAGCAUACUCUACCAACCACAGUCACAGCAUCCAUGGAAGGAAUGGAUGAAAAAGAAAAAAAUGUAGCUCUUGGCAACGGUAUAACUGCAAUUGAAGCUAUUCCCGCUGCUCUUAUGGCCUUUUUAUGCGUAGCUUGUGAGCCGAAAAAUACGUUCAUGGAUGUAAUUGAAUAUGCAAUCGCCUUAGGCAACGAUACAGAUACUAUAGCCACGAUGGCAGGAGCUAUUGCUGGAGGCUAUUAUGGAUAUAAUUCAUUACCAAAGGAUUGGAUUGAGAAAUGUGAAGGGAGUUCGUAUGCGUUCGAUCAAGCUGAAAAGUUAUUCAACUAUGUAAUACAACGUGAUAAAUAA